UACAUUAUGCACUUCAUGUUUUAUUAACUGUUGUAUUUUCGAUUUAAAAAACGGCACGCUAUGUUUUACCAUGUUUCGAAUGUUAACUUUGUGUUUUGAUUUGCUAACCAUUAACAUUAUUGUAAACAUUUAUGCUGUUGAAUUCAGAGAAGAACCAAAGAGUGCCGUGGUAAAUGCAGGAGAAGACGAACCUUUUAUUUGUACUGUUAGUGGUAUGCUCGACCAGCAUCAAUUUGCCUGGUAUAAAGAAAACACACAAUUAACACAGAGAGAAUAUAUUAUUACGUCUACGCUUGGAAGUGAACGGUUAUUGGUUACGCAACUUGAAACAUCUUUAGGAAACACAUCGAUUUUGACAGUCAACGACGUUGUAUCCAGCGACAGUGGUGCUUAUACCUGCGCUAUUUUGAACCCCAGUGGAAGGUAUCUCCGUUCAGAACCAGCGCAACUAGUUGUUCGUUCAUUGCCUGGAUCACAAUAUCCUUUAUGUUCUGUUUCUAAGACCAUCGCUGUAGUCGGUUCAGAGAUCACGUUAACUUGUAAAUCUGAAAAUGUUCAGCCCCCAGUAGAUUUAUCCUGGACAGAAAACAACAAAAUUAUUAGAGAUGGAACAAGUACCCUGAAAACAGUGGAUCAAGUAAUGAACAAAUUUACAUUGCUUCUAACUAAAGAAAAUCAUGGUAUGACAUUCAUAUGUAAACAGGUGUCAGACCUCAUGCCUAGUAACCGCUCUUAUUGUUCUGUAGGACCACUAAAUGUCCGCUACAGACCCUAUGUAAAGAUUCAACAUACAAGCCCCGUGCUGCCAGCUAUUGAAACUGUCAUAUUUUGUCAAACGUUUGCAAAUCCACCAGUCGACAGUUACAAAUGGACGUUCUACCCCCAAAUUAAUGGUAGCGAAUACACGGUGGAUAUCACAGGGCAAGUAUUAACAAUUUUGAAACCAACCCUACAACAGAGUGGGACAAAUGUAACGUGUACUGCUGGAAAUCAAGUCGGAAAAUCCUCGUCAUCAAUACAAUUACUAGUAGCACUUAGUGAUGUAAACCAAGGUGAACAUACAACUGGAAAAUCCAUUCACAAAACAAAGUCUGAAAAUGAAGGAAAAAUUCAUUUAUCAUUAGAUGUUGUCAUCAUUAUCGUUGCUGGUAUUGUUAUUAUCGUUGUACUUGUUAUUCUAGUUCCCGUCUACCAUUAUUGUUUGUGCCGUAAUAAUGACACUACGACAGUUAAUUAUUCAGGAAGUAUAGUAGCUCACCCUGAAGUGUAUUAUGAGGCUAAAGAAGGAGUUAUUUUAAGACACACGAUACAAAAUCGUUCAUUGCCCCGUGUACCUACUACAGAAGUGUAUGGUCAUUGGAGACAUUCUACAGCUUCACAAGUUCCCAAUGAUCUGGAAUCACAUAGUUAUACUUAUAUUGAUACCGAGAAUGAUUGAAAAAUGUCAUAGUGUCUUUAAAAUAAUAUAUUUCCAAAUUGGUAUAUAUUUUGCUAAUUAUAAAUCUAAAAUGAAUUAGUGAAAUAGUGAAAUAGUAAUGAAAACGAUUAAUCAGCAUACUCUGGUGUAUUUUUAUCAGUCAGAUCACUAAACAUUGGCAUGUUAUAUAGAGAAGGAAAACAAUCGUUUACCAUAAGUACUUCAAAUUUGAUUAAACUAGUUAAUUACAAUAAAUAAUAGUUUUGGUUUUUGAUUAGAUGAAUGGUUUGUUAAACUUACGUUCUACUUUGUAUUGAAUGGUUUAUCUUGUUGGAUUGGCUAACGUAUUUUUCCAUACUCCACAAUCCCUCCAAUAGCCCAGUUAGUUAAAGUGUCAGAAUAGAAAGCUGAAGAUUCCAAACUUAUAAAUAUUCGUUAUCACUGCUACGAUUUUAAUAUCUAGGCCUGUCAUUGCUUAUAUUUGUUGUCUUUACACUCAAUAAACGCAUGCGGGUAUCUCGUUUCAGACAAGGUGGGUUCCCGAAAAUGUUCCUGUUUAUAGAACCCUUUAUUUAACCAGAGGAUGUUAAUAUAAUGAAUUUGUUCUAUCUACUUUUUUUAUUUCAUGUUAUUUCUAUAAGAAAAUAAAUUGAACCAGGAAACUGUUCUCUGGUUCAACGCUAUAAACUAUUACAUUAUGAGUGGAGACACUUGUUUUAAAUUGGCCAAGAAUAGAAUUGAUACUAAUAGAUUGGACGACAACUACCAAGCUAUUCUAUCCUCAUAAACAUAAUGAAAUAUAUGUAUGGGGUGCCAAUUGCAAACCAUUGUUAAACAUUUUUCUAACUUACAUUAUGUUAUUGGCCUACUUACACAAUUAAAAAAAUAGAUGUUACAUAAUAAGCAAUUAGAAUAGUUGCGUAACAUACACUAUGUGGAAAUUAUUAUACCAAGCCUGGAAUAGAACAUCAGACGUGAUAAUUGAAGCGACAACAGUGUAGGCUUAAUUUUAAAAGUGUUUUAAAAGGGGAAAUUAUAAUGUCUCUUGUUUUAUAACAUUAAACACCAACCUUUACCGUUAGUUAAAUUUUAGUUCAAUUUCUCAAAAUGUGCAGAGUUUAAAGUAUUUUAACGAAUAUUUAUUCACAUUAUCGGGAAAAAAAAUGAUUAUUGAAGGUGGAAAAUGCCCGUUAAAAUACGAGUUAUCGUAAACAGAUACCCCUCGACUGCUAUGACAAUUAUAUAUUAUGAUCUGUGUCCUAUAAUUAAAUAUGAACGGACUGCAUUGUGCUUAUAUAAAAUAUGAUCGUAAUAUCUAAAAAAAGGGGAAAAAAACAGAAUGAUUUCUCAUUUAAAAAUGCUCAAAGUUAUCUGGUAAAUUGAGUAAAGCAAACACUCCAAGAAUACUAGUAAUUUUAAAACUCUACGACAGAUUUGACAAUUAUAGAAAAUUUGAUUGGCAAAAUACGAUAUUUAAUCUCUCAAAAUCACA